CAUUUCAUCUUGUUUUUCAAUCUUUCCAAAUUUCACACAAAAACACACACUUUUUUUCUCCAUUUCUUUCUCUAAAAAAAAAAAUGGAGAACAAAUGUUCACCUAGACCUACAGAUACCACAAAAAACCCAUCACCACCAUCAACACCAAUCCCAAGAUCCGACCCGAAUAACGCCUACCCAACUACUUUUGUCCAAGCUGACACUACUUCUUUCAAGAAAGUUGUCCAAAUGCUAACCGGAUCCUCAGAAACAGUCAAAGCUGCUUCAACCCGACCCGAUCCACCAACCCGAAACCCAAUUCCUCCAAUGAAAACGGGUCAGAACAAAAAACCCACAUCAAAACUAUACGAAAGAAGAAACAGUAUGAAGAAUUUCAAGAUCAGUCCUUUAGUACCCGGAUUUGUAAACGGGUCGGGGUUUUCUGGGUCGCCAAGAAGACCCAGUACGCCGGAGAUACUAUCCCCCGGAAUUCUUAACUUUCCAGGGUUGGCUCUUAGUCCGGUGACACCACUUGUGCCUGAUCUUUUUAGGUCUCCGGUGACCGGAGAUGGCUCAAAUUUGAACGUUGAAGCUGAAGAUAAAGCGAUUGCUAAAAAGGGUUUUUAUUUACAUCCAUCGCCGGCGAAUACUCCGAGGAGAGAUUCGGAGCCCCGACUUUUACCUUUGUUUCCGGUAACAUCACCUAGGGUGUCAUCAGGUUCAUCUUGAAUGUUAAUGAGUUUUAAUUUUUUUUUACUUUUUUUUUUAAUGAUUGUUAAUGUAAUUGUUUUUAAUGUAGUAGUUGAGCUGAAUUUUCUGUAACAAAUUGGUCAAAAUUUGGAGGUAAAAGAAGGUAAAAAAAAAUAAAAAUAAUAUUGACCUAGUCAGAAAAGUUACAACUUGCAAUGAACAAUGUACAAGGCACUAAUGCAGUGUUGUGAGAAAAAGAGGAGUUUUACCAUGAAAUAUUUUUUGCUCUUAUUUAAUGUACAUGUUCGUACCA